GUCCGGCUACGUAAAUGGUGGAGUGUGACCGAGAGCCAUCCAUUAUUGGGGCCUUGCUCCUACCCGCUAUGCUGGUACCUCCGGAUGGUGUAUUACUACUACUGUGCCUCUGGGUCGAAUUGGAGGUUCACGCGUCCACGAGUGACAAACUAGGUCUGUUGCCCUCUCAUGAACUGCUCCUGAGUCUCCCGAGGGCCUGCGGGCUCUUCGGGGUUCCACAGCAACCGGCUGGACCAAGGGAUCAGGAGUUCUCUUCCACACAACGGAAUUAAUUUUGCUUUGACGGUUCUGGAGGGGGUCUUCUCUCUCUGUCUGAGACUCCGAGUCUGAGGACACUGCAGCUCCGUGUCCCUAACUCGCGGCUCGGUUGAUUCGGUACUUACGGCUGCGUCUCUUCGCCCAUCAUUUACCUACCUCAGGCCCUGUGGCACUAUCAAACUAGGGCCCCAGACUAGUGGAACAGAGAGUCCCCUUCGACACAUAUUAGCAUGGAAUAAUAAUUUAGCUUAGUUUAAG